AUGAAUUCUAAAGCUUCAGAGCAACCGCAAGUCUCACCUGGCGACAACGAACAUGCGCAAGACGGAUCAACAUCUUGCGCGAAAAAUUGCGCGAGGUACACGAAUGACGAUGCCUCCGCGGCCCUAGAAGAAAGACUGCCUCCCCUUCCUCCGCGUCCGAGCACUUUGAGCUUCUUGGAUGAGGGAUAUACAUCUUCUCGCUCAAUACGACAGACAUCACAAGUGAACUUGCAGGCCAAGGCCACGACGGCUGUUUCGCUGACUGAUAUAGGCUUCCGGCAGUCAAGUGAAGGCGAUGGGGAGGACCACUCAGCCCCGGAUUUCCCUGAACCUCUGAGAGCCAAGGCAAGCCUCAAUCAGCCCAAAACAUCGAAAGGAAGUGACGCGGGAGACUCCACAAGUAUUGGAAGCACAAUACCAAAUGUCGAGCUAGGUGAGGUCGAGAAUGUCUUCAGUGACUUCCUCGCGGCCGAACCUAGCGCCCCCCAAGAAGAUGGCAGCGGGCUUCUUCAGUUUCCGGAGUUUAGAGCGGACGAUGCCGAAGAUGAGUUUGCAACUGAGUUUGAACCUAUUGGCGAUCUGAAUGAGCAAGGCGAAAAUGAGGAACUCUUACUAGAAAGAUGGAAAUCGAAGCGCAAACAUUACCUCAUUCUAUCCGCGGCUGGGAAGCCCAUAUGGACCAGGCAUGGGGAUGGUGGACUAAUCUCAGGCUAUGUAGGUGUCAUACAGACCAUCAUAUCCUUUUAUGAGGAUGCGAAGGAUCAUUUGAGCAGCUUUUGCGCUGGCGAUACGAAAUUUGUGGUGAUCACUCGAGGCCCACUGCAUCUGGUAGCCAUCAGUCGGCUCCAUGAAAGUGAUACACAACUGAAAUCCCAGCUCGAAGCUCUAUAUAUGCAAAUACUAUCGACUCUGACUCUCCCAUCGUUGACACACCUCUUCUCCGUCCGUCCAUCUACCGAUCUCAAGCGGCCGCUACAAGGGUCCGAGACACUCUUGUCAACCUUGGCGGACAGUUUUACGAAGGGAUCGCCAUCCAGUCUUCUCUCAGCAUUGGAAUGUUUAAAAAUACGCAAGUCCCAUCGACAGGCAAUAAACAACGCACUCUUAAAGACCAGAGUCGGCAGCCUCCUCUAUGGUUUGGUAGUUGCCGGUGGCAGACUGGUCAGUGUAGUAAGACCCAAAAAGCAUUCUUUGCACCCAGGUGAUUUGCAACUCUUGUUCAACAUGAUCUUCGAGGCGGAAGGCGUCAAAGCAGGCGGUGGCGAGAAUUGGAUCCCUGUCUGUCUUCCUGGAUUCAACAGUAGCGGAUAUCUGUAUAUGUAUGUCAGUUUUCUCGAUCUCCGCGAGGAUUCAGGCAGCACGGCCAAUGAGACGGCUACAAAAGAAGAAUCGGUUGCGAUCAUCCUUAUCAGCACAAAAAAGGAAAGCUUUUUUGAACUACAAGGGAUGCGAAACGCAUUCGUUGAGCAAAUGGACAAGAACGAAAGCAUCAAGAUUAUCAAAGAAGCUAUCAAGAGAGGCCGUCCAACUACUACUGACAUAGUUCCUGGAACUGUCCUACAUCAUUUCUUGUACAAGUCCCGAGCCAACGUGCAAUUCACCAUGUCUGCCUAUGGCCCCGAAAGUUCAUCAACCUUCCGACUUCGAAGAUUAAUGUCAACAUACAAUGAUCUACAUUCUAGUGUUCAUGCCAAGCAUGCUCAUGUGAAGGUACACCAUUGUGUAUCGCAGUCGACUAGCUCUUUUGCUUGGGUGACCCCGAGAUUCGAACUAUAUUGCGUUGCUAGUCCCAAUGCCAACCGCAAUGCACUUGCACAGAGCGCGAGUAAAAUUGUCCAGUGGGUCCAACAGGAAGAAGAGAGGCUCUUUAUCAUCGGAGGCGCUGUCUUCUGA